GAUGGUGUGUGUCUCAGUCCAGUUCAUGCUUCUCCUCAAAUGAGGUCUCUUGUCUCUCUCUAUAGCUAGCCAGGUACGCCUUGUCCACGAUAAGCACACUGGCAAGCCCCGCGGAUACGCCUUCGUGGAAUUCUACCACAGCCAAGACAUGAAAAAUGCUUACAAGCACGCUGAUGGAACCAAGAUUGACAACCGCCGAAUUCUCGUAGACGUUGAGAGAGGCAGGACGGUCAAGAACUGGCUUCCAAAGAGACUCGGUGGUGGACUGGGAAACGCUCGAAGCUCGCAGCCGGAGGCCACUCCACAGCGAGGAGGACGAUAUCGAGGUGAUUAUAGACGGAGGGAGGAAGAGGCUGCUAGAGAAAAGAGAAGGGGCGAGAAAAGAGGUCGUGGUUCCGAUAGUUAAGCUAGGAAACAGGGAGUGAGAGGUAGAGUAGAGACUUUCUUUUUGCUGUUAGGUUUUUAGAGUGAGUCGAGGAAGGGUAAUGGUCCUGUGGGACUCGGAGAGACUUAGAGACUGGGAGAGUGAGAUGGGCUCCAAGAUCGGCACACUGCCGUGUUUCACAAAGACGAUCACUCGAGUAGCGGUAUCAAAGGACUACCCGGGAUGCCUGCCUAUUCCAAAGGAGUUUCACGACGAGCAGCGCGGCAAGCUGGCCAGCGAAGCGGUGCUCAAGAUCAACUCCCACAAGAAAUGGGUGGUGAAGGUUGCGGUGCUGAAGAGCUCCACGUAUGCGUUUCGGGGGCCCGGGUGGACUGCGUUUGCGAGGGACAACGAGCUCGAGAUCGACGACCAGGUGAUGUUCACCAUGCUCAGUCCCAGCCUCUUCUCGGUGAAGAUAACGCGGGCCGGGGAGGACUCGGAUGCCAGGCGGAAUGUCAAGGUGAAGCAGGAGCAGCCGGAGGUGGAGUCGGCUGUUGCAGAGACCGCGAUGCCGGGCGUGGAAGAAGAAACUGUAGCCUCAAAGUUUGUGGAAGAUCCGGCUGCUGCUGCUACUGCUGCUGCUACUGCACCUGCGACUGCCACUACUCCAGCUCCAGAGUCGGAAGAUCAGUUUGAACUGAGGAAGAGGACUGCCCAGGAGCAAGAGCUCGAGCAUGGUCCUCCAAGUAAAGCUGCUCGGUUGGAGGAUGGUGAAGUUCAUGCUGCACCGGUAGCAGCAGCAACACCAGUAACACCAGCCAGCGAGAUGGUAACCCCGGAAAGAGCAGAGCGAAGGCAGUCACUGGGAACAGCACAGGAACCGCUAGAGAUCGAUAUGUCUGGAGGACGAGGUGCCGCGGAGGAAGCAGGAAUACACCUGGUGCUGAAAACCGAGAGGAAGAACUUCAAGGUCUUUAUUUCUGUCUCCGCCAUCGAGGCGGCUGCUGCUGCCAACCCUGCUGCACCGGAGCCGGACGUUACGAAUAACACUGGCGUGGUGGAGAAUCCUGCUGUCACGGCACCCGAUACUCCUGUUGCCGAGCCGGAGAAUCCAGUGAACGUUUUGGAGACCAAGCCUCAAAUUGCUGCUGCGUCUGAUGCUACCGCUGCUACCGCUGCUACUGCUGCUGCUGCUGCUGCUACAACUCCACUGCCGAGGAUAACCAUUCCCAUCCGGACGACCAACGUCGCUCCCUACUCUCGACUGACGAUCGAGAAGGCGUUUGCGUUGCGGUGGCUUCCGCCACAGACGUGCAUGGUGAAGCUGGUUGACAGAGCCGGCAAAGAAUGGGAAAUGAGGUGGAUUGUGGCGAGGAAGCGGAUGCUCACGCAGGGCUGGUCGGCCAUCGUCAAGCACUACAAGAUGAGGAUCGGGGAUCUGUGCACGCUGGAGGUUGUCAACCCCAGGACGCUGAGGUUCUUCGUCACGGACAGCUUGGGAGCAGUGGUGGAGCGGCACUAGAGCAGCUAUAAGUCUUUUGAUUUAUAACCUGUGUGUUGUAACAUCUUUAGAAAAUUUCUUGGAAUGGAAAGACCUUCCUUUACCUCAAA